AUGCCUGACUCGCUUGUUCUCCGCCUGCAAAACACCUCGCCCGACGAGGUCUAUGCCUAUGUCACCGGUCUCGACAUCAAGAAAAACUCACGCCGUGUCCUCGUCGCGGCUGACGGCCACUCGCUGUACUACCCGGUCGACCCGCCAGCUAUUCUGCAGCCCCUCCAGGCCGAUGUAGCUAUUCCGCUCGGCAAAAACGGCGCUGUGACCGAUGUCACCAUCCCGCAGAUUGCCGGCGGUCGCAUCUGGUUCAGCCGCGGGUCCAAAAAGCUGACAUUCUUGUUGAACCCCUCCAACAACCCCGUAGCCGGCCCCGCGCUGGUUGAGCCGUCGGUGCUCAACCCGUCGGACCCCAAUGCGGCCGUGGAUUUUUCGUUCUGCGAGUUCACCCUCAACUCCGACCAGCUGUUUGCCAACAUCUCGUACGUGGACUUUGUCGGCCGCCUGCCUAUAGCGCUGACCCUGCAGCGUCAGGGCGGCAGCAAGGAGGUCCAACAUGUGUCCGGCAUGCGCGCCGAGGCGUUUGCUACCGUCUGUGACCAGCUGCGUGCCCAGGCCAAGCGCGAUGGCAAACCAUGGGACAAGCUGAUUGUCAUGCCGCCCAAUGCCGGCCCCAACGACCAGCCCCUGCGGGUGCUGAACCCGACGCACGGUGAUGCUGUCGGUGGCAGCUUUGCGGGCUACUACGAGCCGUAUGUUGAUCAGGUGUGGAAGCAGUAUGCUGGCGGUAGCAAGCUUAGCAUCAACACCCAGACCGACCUCGGCGUUAUCGACGGAACAAUUAGUAAUGGCCAGCUUGUGUUUGAUGGAGAAGGGUUUAACAAGCCGACGACCGACGACAUUCUGGGCUGCAAUUCGGGUCCCUUUACGACAGGGUCGAGCCGGGUCCGCAACGCCAUUAUUCCCCGUCUGGCGGCUGCCUUCCAGCGUAGUACGCUUCUCACUGACGCGAUCCAGCCCUCGGCCAAUACGCAGGGGUUCUACACGGUCGAUCCCACAAACCACUACUGCCGCAUUGUGCACGCUGCCAACCUCGAUGGGAAGGGCUAUACCUUUGCAUACGACGAUGUCCAGGCAGACGGGGGCGCCGACCAGAGCGGCAAGGUCAAUGCUGGCGAUCCAGAAAUGUUCAUGGUGUCUGUUGGUGGCUAUAAUGUGUACACCGGCGACCGGUUGCCGUAG